CACCAGUAAGAUCCCUGCAUCACCAGAAGACAAUACACAGUGCAUCAUCCAGGAAAAAAGUUAGACCUCCCAGUUAAACAUGACACGAACAAUCACAUUGCUGCUGAUAUCCCUAGGUGUGCUCCUUGCUCUGGUAACAGCACAAUCAAUACCUGACUGUACAGAUGGCAAAGUAUAUACUGAUUGUGGGACCAACUGUCCACCAACCUGCGAUAACCCGGAUCCUGUAUGCGAUAAAAUGUGUGCUCCAGGUUGUUUCUGCCCAAAGGGCACUGUAGAAAAUAUCAGGGGUGAAUGUGUGGAAAAGGAUAAGUGCUGACUCUGAAGCGGGAACACAACAUAUUCCAAUUGUGCCAAUAACUGCCCUGGUGUUGUAUCUCCCCCAAAUUGCCUUAGAAUAGAAUUUAGGCUAGGCUGUGCAUGUAAACCCAACUACGCGCUCCUACCUAACAGCAAGAGAUGUGUCCUUCCACAGGAU